UAAUUAAUUAACUGUUUAGAAACAUAAUUUUGGAUACCUAAUUUGCACAAUGCUAUACUGAUGUUUAUAUCAAAUAAUUGAAAUAAAAAAUUGUUUAGAGGUACCUACUAAGUUUAUGUCAAACAUCAAAUAGAUAAGCUUUAAUCUGAGCAAAAUAUAUCGAGAAAAAAAUCGUGGUUUCAGUUAAUUAGAUAUCUUAAUAAUUAUCCUUACUUUUAUGCAAGGAUUUUGUAUAUAAUUUCACAUCUAUUAAAUUGAAAAAUCAAAUAUCUGAUAAAAUCUUUAAUAAAAUGUGUACUUGUAAGUUGUAUUUAUAGUUUAUAUUUGAUACCUUAAAACUUAACCUUUAAAAAUGAAUAGUAGUAGAUUAAUCAAAAACAGUUGAAUUUAAUUUCAUGAGUUAUAUUUUUAUAAUAUGUUUGUUCCAGUCAAAUUUACUGUAACGGAACAUUUUUACAUACCGUACAGAUGUCAGAAAUAUACGAAGACUCCAAGACUUUUGUCGAUAUGAGAGCUAAAUGUCCUGCUGAAAUAAUUACAAAUUUUACCGAAAGUGAAGAGUGGUUAAAUAAACCAACCAAAGAUACAUUGAAAAAUUUUAUAGCACGAUGUUUUGAAGAUGUAGGUUCGGAAUUAAAAGAUUGGGUUCCUGCAGAUUGGAAAUCUGAACCAAUAUUUCUUAAAAGCAUUACCGAUACAAAUUUAAGUAAUUGGGCGUAUGAAAUAAAUUUUAAAUGGAAAGAACUAGGUAGAACAAUCAAAGAUGAAGUACGUUUAAAUCCCAAUAACUAUUCUAUAAUUAAUGUCCCAAAUCCUUUUGUGAUACCGGGUGGUAGGUUUCGCGAAAUUUACUAUUGGGAUUCUUUCUGGAUAAUUAGAGGAUUGUUAAUAUGCGAAAUGAAUGUUACGGCAAAAGGGAUGAUAGAUAAUUACAUCUCGAUGAUUAAAACAUUUGGGCACAUUCCCAAUGGGGGGAGGAUUUACUACAGCAAACGAUCUCAACCUCCCAUGAUAAUACCUAUGAUGAAAAGUUACGUAGAUGCGACAAAUGAUAGGCAAUUUUUAAAUGAUAACAUCAAUGUACUGGAAAUUGAGUUCCAAUAUUGGAUAACAAAGCACAACGUGACAAUAAAUAAAAAUGGAAAAAACUACACACUAGCAGUUUAUAAGGAUUAUACAACAGGACCAAGGCCCGAAUCAUUCAGGGAAGACAUUACGCUAGCAGAAAACCUUACAACCAAUGUUGAAAAAGAAAAUUUGUACUCCGAGAUAAAGGCCGCUGCGGAAUCUGGCUGGGAUUUUUCGAGCCGUUGGUUCAUAUUAAAUGGAACAAAUGAAGGAAACCUGUCAGAUACAAAAACUAGGUCUAUCGUCCCGGUAGAGUUAAACGCGUUAAUUUAUUGGAAUGCCAAAAUAUUGAGUGAUUUCUACAGGGAGAUGAAUAACACCAUCAAGGCAUCGAUAUAUGAAAAUGUUUCUUUAGAAUGGGAAGAAGCAGUAACCGCUGUUUUAUGGGAUGAGAAAGUCGGUGCUUGGCUAGACUUUGACAUAAUUAAUAAUAAAAAACGCAAUUAUUUCCAUCCUACAAAUAUAUCACCAUUGUGGACUGGAUGUUAUGCAAAAAAUAAUACAGAAUACAUUGUAUCAAGGGUAAUUGACUAUUUAAACAAAACAGAAAUACUGGGGACUCCUGGGGGUAUACCGACUAGUUUCAAGAAAACCAAACAACAAUGGGAUGAUCCUAACGCAUGGGCUCCGCUACAGUACAUUACAGUUAUGGCUUUGGAAGGCACCGGUAAUGCAGUUGCACAACAAAUGGCAUCAAAAAUCGCUUCUAAGUGGUUGUGCACGAACUUCGUGCCGUAUUAUAACGAAAGUAAAAUGUUUGAAAAAGUAAGUCCGAUUUUAUGAUAUAACUGAAUAAAACAAUUUAUCGGGUAGUAAGGGGAUACUAUGCAGUGUAAAAAAUAUUAUUUUAAUUCAUUAUAAAUUUACAUUUCAUUAAUCCGUUUUUGACUAUCAAUUUAUAUUUAUAAUUCACAACGAUCAUAACCAUUAUAGGGGUAUGAUAAUUUGAGAAAAAUGCUUAAAGGUACUAAAAAAAUGUGUGCACAAACUUAUCGAUUGGUGUGCAGGACAGUAAUUGAAAAUGGUUUAGGUGGUUUAACUCAUAGGCAGGUUUCACGUGAAUUGUAGACUGCAUUGACUGCGUUGACAGAGCAAAAAAAAACCUGUGGGGGUUGUAACACACAAAAUCUCCCCCCCCCCAACUUUUAUAUACCUUUUACCCUGUAAGUGAGUUAGUGGGGUAACUUUUAUAAUUAUUUUAAAUCACUUAAUGCAGUAAAAGCCUAUGUGUGUAGUAAAUUGAAAAAUAUUUAAAUAUUUUUGUAUGUAAUCAUCAUCAAUUAGAAUAUAAUUUAUGUAACG